UCAACUCUCAUUCAAAUCCUGUGUUCAAUUGCGCUAAGUCGCUUCAAAUCACUGGUCUUGCUUUGGGGUUGUCAUCUGGUGACCUUUGCGAUUCCUUUGUUUUGGAUUCAAAUAUUUGUUUGCGGCUAAGGAACCUUGGAUUUGGUUGGAUUGGCUGCGCAAGAUGCCGUAUGAAUUGGACGAACAGAAAAAGGUUGGCCUGGGUCUCAUUGGAUUUGGCAUAUUCUUCACCUUUCUUGCCAUAAUUUUGUUUUUCGACAGAGGUUUACUAGCACUUGGAAAUAUAUUUUGGCUAUCUGGUGUAGCAAUUUUACUGGGAUGGAGAUCCAUGUUGCAGCUCUUCACAAACCGAAGGAACUAUAAGGGAACAGUCUCAUUUCUUGUUGGUUUGUUCUUUAUCUUCGUUCGAUGGCCAGUAGUUGGCAUACUAGUGGAAAUUUAUGGCUGCUUUGUCCUUUUCAGCGGUUUCUGGCCAUCAAUCAAGGCGUUUCUUUAUCAGAUUCCGGUACUUGGCUGGAUUUUGCAGUAUCCGAUGUUGCUGAUUAGUCAGUUUAGGAGGAGCUCCAGUUGACUUCCAGUUGCACAAUCAGCGACUGAAGCAUCCGAACAACCGAAACUGCAGGUGCACGGCAUGAAUUUGAGACAACAACCUUACAUUCAUACACUUUCGUAAACCUCUUAGUGUUGUUGAACAAUAGAAAGAAUGCCUAUGCUUACGAUGAAGAUGCAAUGCUGAGGCCGGAGAAACCGUUUUCUAAUUAAA